AUGAAACCAAACAAGCCUCAACAUGCCGGCUGUUGGCAGUCUCUUGCAGUGCUGAUCAAUAUCCUCUUGCUUUCCUGCUGUUUCGGCCCUUCUGAGUCAAGUACUGCCAGCUUGAUGCGCAUCGAAGGCUCCAUAGAAGUCAACACCUUUGAAAACAGUCUAUUUGAAUGGCACGGGACUCUCUACUUACUGGAGAAUAUUGCCUGCUUGUACUCCCAACAUGCCUCCAAGUGGUUUCCAGCCUAUGCCAAUUCAUCCUACGUUCGCAUUAGAGAUUUUCAUACAGGGACAAUUGUGGCCAACAUUUCAUCCACUAUUGGGUACGGCUUUAUCACACCCUUUCCAGAUUACCAACAGGAACAGCUCUGGCUCUUUGGAUCCAACUGCAAUCGAUGCCAGGCGCAUCAGAAUCAUCGUGGCAUCCAAGGAUGUAUGGAACAAAGAGGCAUUGUAGCAUGGAAGCUUAUCAUGGAUUCCAAAAAGAACAGUAAUAGAGAUAGAUCGACAGCGCCGCUGUUUCGGCACUGGAAACGUCAAGAAAUACCCAACACAAGAGCUACCUACAAUGUACAGGUGACGGCUGUAAAAUCAUCACCAAUGGACACAACCCAACAAUCCACAAAACAUGUAAUGAUGGCAGAGCCAUUUGUGUUCUAUUCCAACAACAAUGAGGAUGGCAAUCUUUUUCAAGGAUGGUCAGUCAUUCCCAACACCACCAAGCCAGAAGGAGGUAUCCCUAUUGGAGGUCCAUGUAUUCGGCAUGUAAAUGGUUACUACUAUGUCUUUACUGGGGGACACCAUGUGGAGCUCCUUCGAACCAAUAACUUUCAACAGUGGGAACUCAGUCAUCAUCGACCAUUUCUGCAACCAUCGCACAGGGAUGCCCUGGUGGCUCCCUACAAUGGAUUUCCAGCUGCACAAGAAUCGCGGCAGUUCCCUCCCAUGCACCAGGACUGGACCAAAUGGGAUUGGAAUUCCAAUGAUGCGGACAUUGCCUACUACAAUGAUUCCUCCAUAUCAGAUCUUAAUAAUAAUCACAAACCUACCUUUCUUGUUUGGGGAGCAGGGACACAGGGAAGACAGCCCAAACCUCCACUGACAGUGGAAACUCAAUGUGCCAAUGUGGUGGCGGUGACCAAUGUCUCCAUUCGAGCACUUUUUGAAGCCCAGUUCAAAUCUGCUUCGGCGUCUGCAACAUGA